AUGGAGAACAAUUACAAAAAAUGCUCCGCGAAGAACGCCCUCUCAAUGACUGCUGGUCCUUCUUUCUGGAACAUUUUGGGCCUACUGCUUGGAAAAGUGGUUCCAUCACUCGAAGCUCAUGGCCUCCUUCUCUCAAGUCUGGACAUCUCAGAAGUCGGUGUUGCGACAGAACAGGGACAGAAAUUACUAACCGAGCUUCUUAAAAGUUGGAACGUCGUCUGUCGCCGACGACCUCGACGAUAUCGAAGCCAAGAGUUAUCCAACGAGCUAGACUCCAGCAUCGUUCCUUCUUCAUCUGACUGGUCAAAUCUGCCAAAGCAUUCCCUCCACAGCGUUUUUGUGGAAAAGCAACAAAAUGGAAUUCAACAUGCAUUUAGUCUUCUCACUCCCCAGUUCUCCCCAGGUGAGAUGUAUCAGCUGCCUACAAUCGCACUGGGGACACUCAAGCUUCUUCUUGAACUUGAUAUGGCUGGAAUUGGUGCAAAGACUGUAGAGAAUGCGCAGCCGCUCAUAUUCAGUUUCUCAAGUAUGGUCAAUGCAUGUUCGAUGACUCUAAGUGAUGCCGCUGUAUAUUUUCGGGAUGUCCCUGAGUCCGUGGUUAAUCUAGUCAAAAAUGACUGGUCCACCAUCAAGGAAUUCGCCGAGAAGCAGAAAAUUACUAAGGAUUUCAAACUUAGGGAAACUGAGCGAUCCCAGCUUAUACACAAGAGAGUUAUUGAUGCGCAUGCUAGGAGAGAUGUGGUUUCACUUGACAAACUAUGGUCGCAGGCACAGAAGCUUCCAGUUUAUGAUUCAGCGGCCAACCCUGGUUCUGAGUCUGGCUUUGAGUCUGGUUAUCUUACGCCUGCAUUUUACAACCAGUUCAUUUUGGUAUUCAUGAGUCUUAGGCAGCAACCUCGAGCCAUUGAUGUUUGGAACCAUAUGAUCAAGAAUAAUGUAACUCCAGACCUUGGUGCCUGGGAUGCCCUAUUGAAUGGUUGCAAGGCAUCCCGCGAUCCAAAAGCCCUUGAACAAGUUUGGGCCAUGAUGAUAGCGUCUGGAGCAACUCCCGAUGUUACCUGUUGGACCACCAGGAUCAGCGGACUUAUUCACUGUUACAAGGCAGAAGAUGGCAUACGCGCAUUGGAUGAGAUGGGACGCCUAUGGCUAGCUGCGGUCAGGAAAAAAUAUCCCAAAUUCGAACUAAAGAAUUCCAAAAAGUUUAAGGACAUCCAUACUGUGGCCGCUAGGCCAACUAUUGCAACUGUCAAUGCAGCAGUUUCUGGCCUCAUAAAGAUGCAAGAAAUAGGAGCUGCUAAUCGCAUCCUUGCCUGGGCAGAUCAGUGGGGCAUCAUUCCUGACGUCCAAACAUAUAACACACUUCUUUGGUCAAUAGUCCGUGCCGGCCAUGCAGAUAAGACUCCAGAGAUUUUGACUUCCAUGGAAGGUCAAGGUGUUCAAGCAGAUGCCGCAACCUUCGUCGCAAUUCUAGAGCAAACCUUCGCCGAUGUCGAUGUACUGACUCCUGAAGAACAAAUAGAAGCAAUCAACACCACCUUUCUUACCAUGGAAAAGAUGAAUGUAGCGCCAAAUUUGUUCUUAUACAGCAAAAUGAUCUACUUAUUAUUACGAGGCAUACCGAAGGAUACCAGCCCGGUAUCUGAGGUCAUGGCACGAAUGGCGAAACAGGGACUGACGCCCUCAACCUACAUCUACACCAUCCUCCUGGAAUAUUACUUCGCGCAAACCCCGCCCAAUUUCCAAGCAGCAACCACUCUCAUCGAACGCGCUCAGCUAACGGUGGGCUCCGUCGACCAUAUCUUUUGGGACCGUCUCAUAGAGGGCUAUGCGAGCGUAGGAGAUACGACAACUGCCAUUCAUUACUUGGGCAAAGUGCAAAAAUCCAAACAAUUUACUAGUUGGAACACGAUGAGGACGUUGUUGAUGGCACUGGUGGAGAAUAAUGAGUUGGGCCUCGCGAAGGAGUUGGUGGAUAAUGCAAUUACUGAUACGGGAGGACCGAUCGGACUUGAGGAGAGGGGGGUAGAGGGUCAACAUAAGUUUUGGGAGCUGGUGAGGGAAUUGAGAUUCUUGGGCUGA